CUCACUAACUCACACACGCUGAUGCUCAAUGAUGGCGGAUAGUGCGAGUGAGAGCGACACUGACGGAGCCACCCCUCAUUGCUCCUCAUCCUCGUCCUCCUCCAUCCUCAUCUCUUCAUUCCGUCUAGAAGAGUUGUCGAACCGCCUGGCCUCUUUACAGCAAGAGAAUAAAGUGUUGAAGAUCGAGCUCGAGACGUUUAAAUUGAAAUGUAAAGCUCUGCAGGAGGAGAAUAGAGACUUGCGCAAAGCCAGUGUCACCAUACAAGCGAGAGCAGAACAGGAAGAAGAGUUCAUCAGUAACACCUUGUUCAAGAAGAUUCAGGCCCUUCAGAAGGAGAAAGAAACACUAGCAGUCAACUAUGAGAAGGAAGAGGAGUUCCUCACCAAUGAGCUCUCUCGAAAACUCAUGCAAUUACAACAUGAGAAAGCUGAACUGGAGCAGCACUUAGAGCAGGAACAAGAGUUUCAAGUGAACAAACUGAUGAAGAAGAUCAAGAAGCUGGAGAACGACACAAUCUCCAAACAGCUCACCUUAGAACAGCUCAGACGUGAGAAGAUCGACUUGGAAAACACUUUAGAGCAAGAACAAGAGGCUCUUGUGAAUCGGCUAUGGAAACGCAUGGACAAACUGGAAGCAGAAAAAAGGAUUCUUCAGGAGAAGCUUGACCAGCCUGUCUCUGCUCCUCCGUCCCCGAGAGACAUCUCCAUGGAGAUCGACUCACCUGAGAAUAUGAUGCGACACAUCAGAUUCCUCAAGAGUGAGGUGGAGCGUCUGAAGAAGAACCUCCGCACUGCAGAACUACAGCAUACAGAGAAAAGGGCUCAGUACAUAGAAGAAGAGCGCCACAUGCGGGAGGAGAAUAUCCGCCUGCAGCGGAAGCUCCAAAGGGAGGUGGAACGCAGGGAGGCGCUGUGCCGGCAACUCUCUGAGAGUGAGUCCAGCCUGGAGAUGGACGAUGAGAGGUACUUCAAUGAGAUGUCCGCUCAAGGCCUACGUCCCCGUACCGUAUCCAGCCCCAUUCCCUACAGCCCGUCUUCCAGCAGACCCAUUUCACCAGGGUUGUCAUAUGCGGGACACACAGUGGGCUUCACCCCGCCAACUACACUGACCAGAGCUGGCAUGUCCUACUACAACACACCUGGCCUGCAUGUCCACGUAGGAGCCUCGCACGGCAUUGCAAGACCCUCCCCAAGAAGAAGCAACAGUCCAGACAAAUUCAAGAGGCCCACGCCUCCACCUUCCCCCAACACGCAUGCUGGCGUGCAGCCACCACCACCUCCUCCACCCACCGGACACCCAACAUCAUCCCAGGCAGCUCAACUGCAGCAACAGCAGUCCUUGCAGCCAUAGAUCAAUGCGCCAUCGCAGAGGACUCCAAACAGAGCUGCUUCACUGUAACAUCCUUCAAGCCAAAGGCUUAAAAAAUCCUUAUUUUCAUUGUCUUGCACUGAAACCAUAAAUUUGUCUUGUGUUCAUAAUUUUGUGUUGAACAUCUCUUCAGUGUAUAGCACAGUUUUAGCAAGUACUUAGUGCUUUGACAUCAGUUUAUGUCAAGCGAUCUACGCCCAUAGCAAUCUCUUAGAAAUUGCUUGGUCAUAGAUGGACAAAAAAUACUAUUGAGGAAAUGAUGUGGUCGUAUAUUUUUCAUAGUUUAUUAUUUUGUUCAGACACUUUAAAAGUGUCAACCAGAGUAGAAAAGUAGGACAUUCCAGAAAGCCACAAGUACGUUCAGUAGGUAGGUUCAGUACUCCAGAUGGAAUCAUGGUCAAAGCGGCUAAUGGCCUUUUAUUGAUAAAACUCUGGCCCAAAUAUUACUAUUGAAUUCUCAGUUAAAUAAUUCAUAAAAAGUGUCUCAGAAAGUGAUUAAAAAAAAAAAAAAAUCAUCCUGUGUAUACAGCAAUAUGCAUUUGAUAGUUGCCUCAUAAACAUAUUUGGAAAGCAAGACCGCAAAAUAUGUUAAUCGUGCUGAAAAUAAUUAGCAUUAGAAAUGUCCAGGUCCUAUUUCAUCUCAAAAUCAGAAAAAAAAUUAUAUUUUGCAUAAAGAAAAUGGAACCUUCUAAGGAUCAAAUCUAGCCUUAAAAUAGGCUUCAUUUGCUUUAUGCAAAAUGUGUUUAAUUGCAUUUCUUUCUGACCUGAACAGUAAUUGACUUUGAGCAGUGUUUGAAUGAGAACAUUUUGCGGCUGCUGCAGAUGUAAUGCGUUGUUGGCAUCAGCCAGACUUUAAUCCUCCUGAUAGUUUCUAAAAGCUUUUUUAUAUUUCAGCAAGACACUUGAAACAUGAAAUGUUGUAGAUACUAGUCUUUGUGUGUGUGUUUGAGUAGAGUUUGUCUUGUUUCUUUUUACAAACACACCUGCAGCUCUUUUCUGCUAAACAGUGUCUGGUACCACUGUGAUAUUUGUUUUUCUUACUUCAAAAUAUACUGAGUAUAAAAUUGAAUUUGGAAGUGAAUUAAAGCAUGUGUAAAUAGACUUUUUGUAAAAUUCCCUUUUGAAAAGUGUUACGAAAAUGUUUCAUGCAGAUUUACUGAAGGUCAAACCAAUGAUUCAUUGCCUGGUACUAACCUGGGGUGUGUUUCCCAAAGCCAACUAUGGUCGCAAGUUCCGUCGUUACCAACAGAGUUCAACAGAACUUGCGACCAUAGCUGGCUAAUGAUGCUUUUGGGAAACACACUCUUUGUUGGUUGUGGUUAAAGGGUUAGUUCACCCAAAAAUAAAAAUUGUCAUUAAUUACUCACCCUCAUGUCGUUCCACACCCGUAAGUCCUUCGUUCAUCUUCGGAACACAAAUUAUGAUAUUUUUGAUGAAAUCCGUGAGCUUUCUGGCCUCUGAUAGACUGCAACAUAAUUACCACUUUCAAGGCCCAGGAAGGUAGUAAAGACAUCGUUAAAAUAGUCAACGUGACUACAGUGUCUUAACCUUAAUGUUAUGAAGCGAAAAGAAUACUUUUUGUGCGCAAUAAGCAAAUAAAAAUAAUGACUUUAUUCAACAAUUUCUUCUCUUCCCUGGCAUUCUCCUACGCUGUUGACAUAGUAAAAAAAGUGCAGCACUUCUGUGUUCGACGUCCAAACGCCGGCUCGUUAUUGGCCGGCUCCUAUGUCAGCAUCACACGCGUGUGUCAUGCUGCUCAUGUGUACAAAGUCAGUGAUCUGACAUAGAACCUGGAAGCUCUGCAUUACAUCUACAACAUAAAGAGUGCAGGAGACUGACACGGAAGAGAAGAAAUUGUUGAAUAAAGUAGUUAUUUUUGUUUUUUGUGCACAAAAAAAGUAUUCUCGUCGCUCCAUAACUGUAAGGUUGAACCACUGUAGUCACAUUAACUAUUUUAACGAUGUCUUUACUACCUUUCUGGGCCUUGAAUAUGGUGGUAAUGUUGCAGUCUAUCGGAGGCCAGAAAGCUCACGGAUUUAAUCAAAAAUAUAUUAGUUUGUGUUCUGAAGAUGACUAAAGGUCUCACAGGUGUGGAACAACAUGAGUGUGAGUAAUUAAUGACAGAAUUUUCAUUUUUGGGUGAACUAACCCUUUAAGUUAGUUGGUUACGGUGGCCAGGUGAAUGCUGAAAGUGUACAGCCUCCCACAAAAACAUGACUGUAUUCGCUGCAGCAUGACAUUAGCGCUUUUCACCUUUAAUACAGGGUGUGUCUGUAACAUUUUUGUCUUUCAUUCUUUCACAAUGUAUUCUCUGAGAGCACAAUUCAUUAGAUUGAGCAGGAGAACCAGGAACAUAUUUAAUGUUUCUCUUUUGUUUACCUUUUUUUUUUUUUUUUUUUUUUUUGUCACUUGUAAAUAUUCAUCUUUGUAUAGAAAAAUACUUUUUUCAUUUGACUUCAGUUUUACCAGUGUUUGUCUUUUUUUUUUUUUUUUUUUUUUUUUUGGUCAUUUCCAGCCCCACCUACCUUUUAUUGAUUGAUACCUUUUAUUGUUGACGAAUGAAUGUAACGUUUGCUCAUUUUACUGCUAUCAUUAACAGAUAGGACACCUUUGAGCCUUAACUCACUGUGGUAUUGCUCUAGCUUAUCCCCACAUCAGACUAUUAAUGCCUUAAUAUGUGGUUCACUGAUUUGUUUGUCACAACAGAUACUAAUUCUGGUUUGCAUUGCAUUCUUUGUAAAGUAAAAACUUGCUACAUUAUGUAAUGGUUAUUUUGGUUAUUAAAAAAGAUGAUGAUGAUUAUAACUGAA